CCACUGCACUCCAGCCUGAGCGACAGAGCAAGACCCUGUCUGUAAAAAAAAAAAAAGGAAAAAGAAAUGGAGUCCAGGUGAUGGACUGGUAGGAGGGACAGUGUUGGGGGCCUGAGGAAGGAAUCAAGGAUGAAGCUUCAGUGCCCCCCAAGUCUCUGCUCGCCCCUGCCAGACCCCCCCUUCCUCUAAGACCUUGGCAUCUACCCCCUGCCCCAGCACUGACCCCAGAGACAGUCUGGGAGUGCCUGUCCAGCUCUGUCUCCCCCUAGGAGCUGGGCCAGGGCUGUAUCCUCUCUGGGGUCCAGCCUCACCCGGCACAGGGUAGGCACAGUGGCGGGGGUGUGUGUGGCACCAGGAACUAGAUGCCCCAUCCCUGCCCAUCUCCCUGUUCCAGCCCCUAUACAUGGUGACUGCUGGCCGGUCCUGCCAGAUGUCUGCCCUGCCGCCCUCCUCCAAGAUGAGCUAUGAUUUUCUUUCUCCCAUACCCCACAACCUACCCCCGGGACUGUCCCCGCAGCCUCUACAGAAACCACUGGCUCUGGGCAACUUGGCCCCAAGGGAGUGGGGAGGACGCAGGUGCAGCAUGGGGUGGGGCCGGGGUGGGGCCUCUGAACCCACUGCGUCCAAGCCUCUCACCCGCCACCCAGGUGCCCCUGAACCGAGGAACGCAGGCGGUGGUCAUAGGGAGGGGAAGGGAAGCACCAGGAGACAGCAGCAGCAUGGGCGGGCGACCCUCGAGCCCUCUGGACAAGCAGCAGCAGCAGCACCUAAGGGGUCAGGUGGACACCCUGAUGAGGAACUUCCUGCCCUGCUACCGCGGGCAGCUGGCAGCAUCUAUCCUGCGGCAGAUCUCCCGAGAGCUGGGCCCUCAGGAGCCGGCUAGAAGCCAGUUGCUACGCAGCAAAAAGCUGCCCCAAGUCCGUGAGCACCGAGGACCCCUGACCCAGCUUCGGGGCCACCCACCCCGGUGGCAGCCGAUCUUCUGUGUCCUGCGUGGGGACGGCCGCCUGGAGUGGUUCAGCCACAAGGAGGAAUAUGAAAACGGGGGUCACCCCCUUGGCUCCACAGCCCUGACGGGAUACACACUCCUGACUUCCCAGCGAGAAUAUCUCCGCCUUUUAGACGCUCUCUGCCCGGACUCCUUGGGAGACCAUACUCAGGAAGAGCCUGACUCCCUCUUGGAAGUGCCUGUGAGCUUCCCGCUGUUCCUGCAGCACCCCUUCCGCCGGCACCUCUGCUUCUCUGCAGCCACCAGGGAGGCACAGCAUGCCUGGAGGCUGGCCCUGCAGGGUGGCAUCCGGCUUCGGGGCACAGUCCUGCAGCGAAGCCAGGCCCCUGCUGCCCGGGCCUUCCUGGACGCCGUCCGACUCUACCGGCAGCACCAAGGCCACUUUGGCGACGACGACGUGACCCUAGGCUCAGACGCCGAGGUGCUGACCGCGGUGCUGAUGCGGGAGCAACUUCCCGCGCUGCGAGCCCAGACCCUUCCUGGCCUCCGGGGAUCAGGCCGCGCCCGUGCCUGGGCCUGGACCGAGGUUUGCCCUGCGUCCGGACCUGGGACAGGGGGCGGGAUCCGGGCGCUCGGGUUCCCCUCCCACGACUGUCGCCUAAACUCUCUCCUGGUCUCUCUGACCCCCAUCCCCGCCCCGUGUCUCGGCUCUGUCCCGCACUCCUGUCCUGCGUGGGGUCCCCUCGACCGGUCUGGGCAGCUUCUAGACGCCGUUCACGCAGCUGUCCUGGCCGGGGCCUCCGCCGGGCUCCGCGCCUUCCAGCCGGAAAAGGACGAGCUGCUUGCAUCCCUGGAGAAGGCGAUCCGCCCAGACAUGGACCAGCUACUGAGGCAGCGGGCGCGUGUGGCGGGGCGACUGCGGACGGAUAUCAGGGGACCGCUCGAGUCGUGCCUGCGCCGGGAGGUGGACCCGCAGCUGCCCCGGGUCGUGCAGACCCUGCUGCGCACCGUGGAAGCGUCGCUCGAGGCGGUGCGGACCCUCCUGGCUCAAGGCAUGGACCGACUGUCCCGCCGCCUGCGCCAGAGCUCCUCGGGCACGCGGCUGCGCAGGGAGGUUUACUCAUUUGGAGAGAUGCCAUGGGACUUGGCACUGAUGCAGACAUGCUACCGUGAGGCCGAACGGAGCCACGGGCGCUUGGGGCAGCUGGCAGCACCGUUUGGCUUUCUGGGGAUGCAGAGCCUCGUGUUUGGGGCCCAAGAUCUUGCACAGCAGCUCAUAGCUGACGCUGUGGCCACCUUCCUGCAGCUGGCUGACCAGUGUCUGACCAUGGCCCUCAACUGUGACCAGGCUGCCCAGAGGCUGGAGAGAGUCAGGGGGCGCGUGCUGAAGAAAUUCGAAUCGGACAGCGGGUUGGCGCAGAGGAGGUUCAUCCAAGGCUGGGGUCUCUGCAUCUUUUUACCUUUUGUGCUGAGCCAACUCGAGCCAAGCUGCAAAAAGGAGCUGCCUGAGUUCGAGGGGGAUGUCCUUGCCAUGGGCAGCCAGGCUCUGACCACUGAGGGCAUCUAUGAGGACGUCAUCCGGGGGUGCUUGCUGCAGAGGAUUGACCGAGAACUGAAAAAGACCCUUGGUGCCAAUGAUGUAUCCUGCACUCUGGACGGCUGCUUGGAGGUCCCAUGGGAACAGGAGGGAGCAGAUGAGGAAACUGAGGCUGAGCGGGAAGGAAGGACUUGUUCCAGGCAGCCGGGCUCUGGUGCCCAGAUCCAGCCACUCUGCCCACCGCCUUCUCAAGGAACAUUCCGGAGCUGAAUCUUCACCCACACCUAUCUUGUUUCUAUUGGAUAAAUGUCUACAAGUGGAA